AUGUUGAAGUUGAAGCCGAAGAAUCCAAGUGGCCGAGGGGAUGAAGAAGAAGAAGAAAGGCGUAGAGACCUCUCUAAACUUUUUUGUGGGUGGGGGAGAAAGAAGAAACGGUCAUCAAGGCCACGGCAACCGAAGCCGUCGUGGUCUGUUAUUGAGUGCCCCAUCUGCCAUAGGCCUUGCUUGGGCUACAAGGAGCUCGCCUGCCAUAUGUUCUACUGCAAGAAACGAGCUGAUGAGGAUGCCCGUUGCAAGAACCGAGCUGAUGAGGAUGCCCGUUGCAGGAACCGAGCUGAUGAGGAUGCCCGUUGCAAGAAACGAACUUAUGAGGAUGCCCAUUUCAAGAAACGAGCUUAUGAUGAUGCCCCUCGCAAGAACCGAGCUGAUGAGAAUGCCCAUUUCAAGAAACGAGCUUAUGAGGUUGAUGCCCGUUUCAAGAAACGAGCUUAUGAGGAUGACCAUUUCAAGAAACGAGCGGAUGAGGAUGCCCGUUCCAAGUACCGAGCUGAUGAUGAGGAUGCCCGUUUCAAGAGACGAGCUUAUGAGGAUGCCCGUUCCAAGAACCGAGUUGAUGAUGAGGAUGCCCGUUCCAAGAACCGAGUUGAUGAUGAGGAUGCCCGUUUCAAGAAACGAGCUUAUGAGGAUGCCCGUUCCAAGAACCGAGCUGAUGAUGAGGAUGCCCGUUUCAAGAAACGACCUUAUGAGGAUGCCCGUUCCAAGAACCGAGAUAAUGAUGAGGAUGCCCGUUUCAAGAAACGAGCUUAUGAGGAUGCCCGUUCCAAGAACCGAGCUGAUGAUGAGGGUGCCCGUUGCAAGAAUCGAGCUGAUGAUGAGGAUGCCCAUUUCAAGAAAUUCAGGGCGGAGGAAGCUGGUCAAGAAAUUCAGGGCGGAGGAGAGCCCUGCUGA